CCCCGAGCGCCCCAUCUUUCCCCCCCCCCCGAGCGCCGCCAUGAUGCGUGCUGCAUUGUUCCUCGCUACGGCUCCCAGCGAGCGCUCCGCGGUGCGCGCUGCGGUUCGGUCCGCCCUUGGCGGCCGGUUGGCGGCGGGGAAGCCAUGUUCUACAGCAGCACGCAACGGCGGUACUGGACCUUCCGAAGCGAGGAGGAUCUGACGCGGAGCCGGGCCGAUGCCAACCGAAAAUUUCGCAGCAAAGCCGUGGCCGGCGGGAAGGUGCAGCAGGCUGACUCCUUCCUGCUGGAGGCCCACGAGGAGCUGGCGAUAUGCAAGUACUACGAGAAGAGGCUGCUGGAUUUCUGCGCCGUCUUCAAGCCUGCCAUGCCGCGCUCUGUAGUGGGAACAGCUUGCAUGUAUUUCAAACGUUUUUAUCUCAAUAACUCAGUGAUGGAGUAUCAUCCACGGAUAAUAAUGCUAACAUGUGCAUUCUUAGCCUGUAAAGUAGAUGAGUUUAACGUGUCCAGCGCUCAAUUUGUUGGUAACCUUCGAGAAAGCCUUCUUGGGCAAGAAAAAGCUCUUGAACAGAUACUGGAAUAUGAACUGCUGCUUAUUCAGCAGUUGAACUUCCAUCUUAUUGUACACAAUCCAUACAGACCGUUUGAGGGAAUUCUAAUUGAUUUGAAGACUCGGUACCCACUGCUGGAAAAUCCUGAAGUUUUAAGGAAAACAGCUGAUGACUUCCUCAAUCGAGUGGCUCUGACAGAUGCGUAUCUGCUCUUCACUCCCUCACAGAUAGCUCUUGCUGCUAUAGUAUCUAGUGCUUCAAGAGCGGGAAUUAAUAUAGAAAGUUAUUUAUCAGAGUGUUUUAUGCUGAAAGAAAACAAAACAUUCUUGGCCAAAAUACUGGAGGGCAUGAAAAGCAUGAAAAAUCUUAUAAAGAAGUAUGAACUUCCAAGACCUGAAGAGAUUGCAACUCUAAAACAGAAGUUAGAGAAGUGUCACAGCCCGGAGCUUUCACUUAACGCUAACAUGAAGAAGAGGAAGAUUGGUGAAGACAAUGAAUAUAAUUCAAAAAAGCCUAAAAUGGACGAGGUCAGUUAAUGUAUUGUACAGGAAGAAUGGACCGAUGAAGACCUUGGGGACUUGUGAAGCCUAUUCCCGUGCUUACUGUUCAGUGACACACGUGAACCUGCUUACUGAAGGUUUUUUAGACCUGUUUUUUAGACCUGUUUUUUAGAACCAUGAGUUAUUUUUUUAUUACUUAAUUUCUUUGCAUUAAAACAUUUAUUUUAAAUUUUAGUUAAUUGUACCUCCAUUUAAAAACCUCUCAUCAUCCAGGGUCAGUAAGAAGUAUUCAAGUUUUGGUUUAGGAGCACUUUCAGAUGCAACUUGAGAAUUGGCUUAUAGCACAGCAGUACCUAAUGUCAAUUCUGGCAUUUAGCAGAGUCGUUAAAUACAUGCACAACACAGAUCUGCUAAUAAAUGCUUAAGUAUUUGAGAGCAAGAUGUGCUGCUGCCCUCUUCUCAGGCUUGCCACUGAAACUGCUAGAAGAACGCAACCUUGCUCAUAACAUUUUUUUUUUGUAUUUGAGAAGCUCUUCUCAAGUGUACUAAGGGCUGCAGCCACAUCAAUUAUCAUACUAAAAGUAUGGUUUGUGGUUUUGUGACUUGUCUCUUACUCUAUUUCCUCUUCCUGCGGCUAUGCUCUCAGACUAGGUUGCUCUUACUAACCUUGUUUGGGGCACCCCACCAAAAUAAUUGAAAAGAUCUUCUGGUGUAGUUUUGCUGUUUCUAAAUGUAAGGCAAACUACUUCUUUUUCAUAUGCUGGUUUCGGGAACUGCAUGUGUUCUAAUACAUUUACCUAAAUGUAACUCUGGGCUUUUCCUAGAUUUAUUUUCAUUGUUGUUGUUUUUUUUUUAUUAAUAUAAACAGAUGCUAAUCUGUUCUUCAGAGUUGUUUUAACAGUUUAACUGUGUUAUACUGCUAAUACCCAGCCAAGCACAUUUUAAAAAUGACCUACUCUAGACAGUAUGCUUUUGACAAUUCAUUCUUCAGUAACAGUGGCAAAGCUGCUUUUCUUCCCUGACUGCUCAACCUAUCUUAGCUUUACCUCAGAAGGCGUCACCAUUUACACAGUAUUUAGUAGCUAAAGGAAGAGUGAUUUAACUGAAACACCUUUUAUUGGGCCAUCCUUAGUAUGUUCUGAACUAGCUGUAACCUGCUAGCAGAGCAUUUAAAAAAAAAGUUAUAAACUGGCCCUGUGGCUUCUGUAUUUUAAUUAAUUACUUCACUGUGUUAUAUAAGCAGGAAAGCCUAGUAGUGAAGAAAACAGUGUCGUUACUUCAUUUUUCCUAUGAGCUGCAAUUUAAAAUGGACUUGACCAGACCUUACUAUGUUCUGAGGCUUGUGCUCCUGACUGUUUGCCAGCUUUGUUGCCCUUUCUUGGGCAUACUCAUUGCCUCAGUAUCUUUCUUGUAGUGAGGGGCCCAAAAAUGAGGAACACAGUACUUGAGUUGCAGCCUUACCUGUGUUGAAUAUGGGUAACAAUCACCUCUGCUCCUGCUAGCUACAAUAUUUCAGGAUAUUCAGGAUGCUGCUGGCCUUUUUGCUGUCUGGGCACUGCUGGCUUGUGUUCAGCUGGCUAUCAGCACUCCCAGAUUCUUCUCCACUCUACAGCUUUCCAGCCACUCUGCCCUAAGCCUGUAGCUUUGCAUGGGGUUGUUGUGACCAAAGUGCAGGACCUAAUAGUCUUGUUGAACCUCUUAGAGCUGGCCACAGCCCAUCAAUCCAGCCUGACCAGAAUCACUGUACAGGGACUCCCUACUUUACUCCAACUUUGUGUCAUCUGCAGACAUACUAAGGAUGUGCUCAAUCCCUCAUUCAGGUCAUCGAUAAAGAUUUUAAACAGGACAGGCCCCUAAUUCUCAUCCCUGGGAAGCACCACUCAUGACUGGUCUCUAAAUAGAUUUAACUCCAUUCACAUUGCCCUCUGGGCCCAGCCAUCCAGCCAGUUCUGUGUGAGGCACAGGGUGUAUCUGUCCAGGCCAAGGGCUGUCAGCUUCUCCAGCAUCAAAGGCUUUGCUGAAGUCUGGGUAAACCACAUCAGAAGCCUUUCCCUUAUUCACCAGGUGGGUCACUCAGUCAUAGAAGGUGAUCAGAUUUGGCAAGCAGAACCUGCCUUUCAUGAACCCAUGCUAGCUGGGCCUGAUCCCCUACUUGUCCCACGCAUGCUGUAGGAUAGCAGUCAAGAGUGCCUGCUCUGAGGUCAGGCUAACAGGCAGCUAGAAAGCAAUCGGAGAUUUUGAGAACAUAUAAGGAAGUGUGUCACAGCAGAGACUCAGAUGAAGUUCUUACACAUUAGAAAGUAAAAGCAAAAUGUUUAAUAGACAGGAAAUGCUGUGCAAUACCUUAACAGCUGCAUUUCUAUUACACAGAAGAGUUAUGUGAUUAUCUCAUUAGUCCUGCCAGUGACUCUCAGCAUCUUAUCAGAUCAGUCCCAAAAGUUGCUGUGAAUGAGGAAUGCAGAAACACACUCUGAGCCCACUCAGAGGUACAUACUGAAUAUUUUUCCUUUCCCUUACUCAAAUCCUAGCUUCUGUCUGUUAUACUGCAUACCAGUAUGGUAGUACUGUUCUGAGGAUUCAUAUUAAACGCUAAAGUGGUGCUACAGAAUUAAAGAGACAGUGGGUACACUUCAAAGUACAAUCAUGUAUGCAGACAGGAGAAAAAAAUCCCACAGCAGCCAAAGUUAGCCAGUUUUCAUAGAGUUGAUCUGCAGCUUGAUUUAUUUUAAAAACUUACUUUUCAUGUAUAAAAAUAAGAUUCACGGUAGACUUACAGUACACAAAA